UUUUUUUUUCUACUAUUUUUGCAAUUUCAAAUUUGGUUUGUUUACGUUUCUAGUUACAUAUUGAAUCAAGACUUUUUUGUAUUAAAAUCAUGGAUCUCGAGAAUAUUUCGAGCACGAUAUUGACGCCAGACGUAUGCCGGUGCUGUUUGUCAGGCACCGGGACGUGGGACUUAACUGCGGCUUAUAUAAAUGACGCGGGUGGGAAAGAAGUAUUUGCGAAUAUAUUACAGGAUUGUUUUGGUGUCUCUCUUUCACAUAUGAAUGAAAUGGACGCCAGUUGCUUGGUCUGUGAUUUGUGUGUGAAGCAACUUCGUGGGGCUUCCAGUUUCCACCAGCAAGUUGUCAAAGCUGAUAUACAGUUCUCACAUUAUUGGACAUCUAGGAAAGAUUAUUCCACAAGUCCAAACUCAAAAUCAUAUAAGAAGAAACCACCAAAAAUAAGACAGCAAAACAAUGUGAAGGCAAAGAGUUGGAACCAAAAAGAUGAGGAGUAUAAUUGUGAUUCUGACACCCCAAUAGCAAGAUUGAAAGAUUGUUCUGUGGAAGAAGAUUUUGUUGAGAAUGACUAUUUACUUGAGGAAGUAACGGAAAACAGACUUCAGAACUCUGACCAUAAAGUUGAAAUUGACUUAACAGGCCAAUUGGAAAUAAAGCUGAAGAAGAGUACCAAACAAGUGUCCGAAAGAAAACGCAUAAUCUUAACCUGCAGAAUUGUUCUAAUAGAAACAACAGCUUGUCCGUUCCGCCAUCACAAAAGCUGGUUCCGAUGCUUCUUCUGCACUGAAGACUUUAUGGAUAUAAAUUCUUUAAAAAAUCACUAUUCCCAAUCACACCUGGAUGUUGAAGCUGAAUUAAAAAAAAUAAAACGUUACCCACGUUCGCUCCAAAUCGAAAUUUCAAAUUUGGAAUGCCGCCGUUGUGGUACGAUUUUGACUGAUGUCGAUAAAAUGGCCCAACAUUUUGUCGAAAAACAUAAUAAAACAGUUUACAAAGAAUGCAUAGCUGACUACAAAGUUAAUUUGAGUCCAUACACUUGUCACUUGUGUGAAAAAGAGUUCCAUGUUUUCAGGACGCUAACCACGCAUCUGAAUGAGCACUACGCAAACUGCAUUUGUGAUGUCUGUGGUAAAUCGUUUAUGAAUUCUAAACGUUUGAAAGUCCAUAAAAGAAUUCACGAAAAUGGCGCAUACCCUUGCACAUCAUGUGGUAAAGUGCUAAAAACUAAGACGUCCCAAUCAAAUCAUAUGGAAAGUGCACACUCCAAACGAAUAAUCAAAUGCCAAAUAUGUCUCAAACCUAUGAAACACUACAAUGAUAGAAUCAAACACAUGUCUGUAGCACACAACAUAACACACACAUUCAAAUGUCCUUUUUGUGACAGGGAAUACAACAUAAAACAUUAUUUAGCGACACACAUAAGACAAACGCAUGGGCAUAAGAAUAAAAAGUGUAAAGUGUGCAGCAUGGCGUUUAUUACUAACCACAGCUUGAAGAAGCAUAUGUUGAAACAUACAGGCGAACGGCCAUUCACUUGUAGUUUUUGUUGCAAGUCCUAUGCCAGGAGCUAUACUCUGAAGGAGCAUAUGAGGGCACAUGAAAAUGAUAAACGGUUAAAAUAGAAUAAUAGCGUAUUUUCCCUUUUCAAGAAGUGUAUUAAUUUUAUCCUAAGGUGAUAAUAAUUGUAAAAAUUAAAUUGCA